GUCAUGUGCGUUUACAUGAAAAUGGCGAGCUUAACUGAAAACAGUCCUCGAAUGUUUGCGAUUAAAAAUUUUGAUGAAUUUAUUCCCCGCCCUGAACAUCCCGCCAUAUUUUGCUGCUGUAUGGAAGCGUCAGGAUCGAAAUCGACAAAGUCGAAAUAAACUGUCAUGCAGAAAAUGCGACACAAAAAGUGACUCUAUUGCAGAGGACGCAAAGGAGGCAGAUUGUAGCCCUGCUAAGGGUCACGAAUUGGGUUGGUGGCUAGCAUGACAGAGGGGAGGGCUUUUGCCCUAAACUGCAUGACAGACUCGCUUCCAGGACGUGGGAAAUUUGUCAUGCGCCGACUACAAACUGUGGGUGUAACGUGCAUCGAUUUUGUGCAUCGCAAGUUUUUCGAUUUUGUCGAUUUCAAUCCUGACACUCCCAUAUGUUGCAGGUACGGAGUAAGCGACCGUGUGAGAAGUUUAAAUUCGUGCGGAAAAAACAUGCCGAUGUAG